AUGUAGCGGAUCAGCUGACCUGUAAGGUCUGUUUGUCGGUAGGACCAGCUAGCAGAAGCGGCGCAGAAUAACGGCGUCUUUUUUUGUCUGAACUGGCAGCAGGAGGAACCGUAUUCGUGAAAGCCGUCGGUCUGUCGGACAUGUCCCAGUAGGACGUCAGCGUCUGCAUCAUGUCGGGGAACAACCUGGUCCUGCCCAUCGUGCUGUGGGGCCGCACGGCGCCCACCCACUGCAUCAGCAGCUUACUGGUGAUGGACGACUUCAGCACCAUCAUCACCGGCUGCCAUGACGGUCAGAUCUGCCUGUGGGACAUGACACCUGAGCUGCAGAUCUGUCCCAGAGCGAUGCUGUUCGGCCACACGGCCUCCAUCACCUGCCUGUCUAAAGCCAGCGCCAGCAGCGACAAGCAGUACAUCGUCAGCGCCUCAGAGAGCGGGGAGAUGUGUCUGUGGGACGUAAACGACGGGCGCUGUAUCGAGUUCACCAAGCUGGCCUGCGCUCACACCGGGAUUCAGUUCUACCAGUUCACCAUCGGUACGCAGAAGGAGGGCCGCCUGCUGUGUAACGGACAUUACCCAGAGAUCCUUGUGGUUGACGCCACCAGCCUGGAGGUUCUCUACUCUCUGGUCUCUAAGAUCUCUCCUGAUUGGAUCAGCUCCAUGAGCAUCAUCCGCUCCCAUCGGACCCAAGAGGACACGGUGGUGGCAGUAUCAGUGACGGGGAUUUUGAAGGUGUGGAUGAUAACAGCUGAGGUCAGCAAGAUGCAGGAUCUGGACCCGGUCUUUGAGGAAGAGUCCAAGCCCAUCUACUGCCAGGGCUGCCAGAGCAUCUCCUUCUGCAGCUUCACCCAGAGCAGCUUGCUGGUGGUCUGCUCCAAGUACUGGAGGGUGUUCGAUGCAGGAGAUUACUCUCUGCUCUGCUCCGUGCCCAGCGACAGCGACCAGUCCUGGACCGGCGGUGAGUUCAUCUCAGCGGAUAAAGUCAUCAUCUGGACCGAAGACGGCUGCAGCUACAUCUACAAGCUGCCGGCCAGCUGCCAGUCCGCCAGCGAACAUUUCCGCACCGACGUUGGGCGAACCAAAGAAGGAUCGAUCCCCCCGCUGAUCUACAGCAUCGCUGAGCGCUCAGACAAACAGAAGGACGGAGGUGAGCAGGAGGAGCAGGAGGAGCAGGAGGUGGAGGUCAUAUGCCUCCGUCCCAGUGGCUUCGCCCCAGAGCUCUACACCCCACUGCAGCUUUACCAACACCGGCCUCUAGAGGCGCCUCUCCUCAUCUGUCCCCCGGUGACCCGGUUCUUCUUCGGCCGCCGGGAGCCGUUCCACAAGCUGCUGAUCCAGGGAGACUCGGCCGGCCGGCUGUCGCUGUGGAGCGUCCCGGACGCCACGCCGCCGCGGCCCACCGCCACGCCAGCAGAGCUGCAGAUGUCGUCCACCAUCAGCCUGCAGGAGGCGUUCGAUAAGCUGACGCCCGUCUCCUCUGGGAUCAUCGACCAGCUGAGCGUCCUGCCCAGCAAGCAGCAGCCCAUCAAGGUUACGGCCAGCGUCUACAUCCCGUCUCAGGGCCGGCUGGUGUGCGGCCGGGAGGACGGCAGCAUCGUCCUGGUCCCCGCCACGCAGACGGCCAUCGUGCAGCUGCUGCAGGGGGAGCACAUGCUGCGGCGGGGCUGGCCGCCCCACCGGACGCUGCGGGGUCACCGGAACAAGGUGACCUGCGUCCUCUACCCGUACCAGGUGUCGCCCCGCUACGACCAGCGCUCCCUGGUGUCCGGAGGAGUGGACUUCUCCGUCAUCGUCUGGGACAUUUUCACCGGAGAGAUGAAGCACAUCUUCUGCGUUCAUGGAGGGGAAAUCAGCCAGCUGAUCGUCCCGCCGGAAAACUGCAGCACCCGCGUGCAGCACUGCGUUUGCUCCGUGGCCAGCGACCACUCCGUCGGCCUGCUCAGCCUGCGGGAGAGGAAGUGCAUCAUGCUGGCGUCCCGACACCUCUUCCCCAUCCAGGUCAUCAAGUGGCGGCCGGCCGACGACUACCUGGUGGUGGGAUGCUCCGACGGCUCCGUCUACGUCUGGCAGAUGGAUACAGGAGCUCUGGAUCGCUGCGUGAUGGGAAUCACGGCGGUGGAGAUCCUGAACGCCUGCGACGAGCUCGCCCCCGCCACCGUUGACGCCCUGAGCCACUCGGCGGUCAACCUGAAGCAGGCCAUGACGCGCCGCAGCCUGGCGGCGCUCAAGAACAUGGCGCAGCACAAACUGCAGACGCUGGCAACCAACCUGCUGGCUGCUGACAACGCAGACAAGGGUAAUUUGCCCAAAUACUCCCACAAUGCCCUGGUGGUCCAGGCGAUGAAGACCAACCUGACGGACCCCGACAUGCACGUUCUGUUCUUCGAUGUGGAGGCGCUGAUCAUCCAGCUUCUGACGGAGGAGGCUCAGCGGCCGAACCCGACGCUGGUUUCCCCCGAGACGCUGCAGAAGAGCCAGGCGGGCGCCGACAAGGGCGGCUCCUUCCUGGCCAACAAAAUCUUCAAACAGGUGAAAGAGACGAUGAAGGAGACGAUCAAGGAGCACCUGCUGGACGAAGACGAGGAGGAGGAAGAGGAGAUGAGGAGGCGCGAGGAGAAGUCCAAGUCUCUGAGUCUGCUGGAGUAUAACCUGACCAUGGACACGGCCAAGCUGUUCAUGUCCUGCCUGCACGCCUGGGGCCUCAACGAGCAGCUGGACGGCAUCUGCCUGGAGCGACUGGGCAUGCUCAGACCGCACUGCCCCAUCUCCUUCGGCCUGAUCUCCAGGGGCGGACACAUGUCCCUCAUGCUGCCCACCUUCAAGGAGUCUUUGCUGCGCCAGCUGUCCCUGGCUGCCGGCCUGAAGCUGACUCUGUCCGACAUCGUGGGGAAAGGGACGUACGGCGUGUCCAGGGCCGUCACCACGCAGCACCUGCUGUCGGCCAUUUCUCUGUCCAACACGCUGAUGGGCAUGACCAACGCCACCUUCGUAGGCGAGCACAUGAAGAAAGCCCCGGCCAGGCCCCCCAGACCAGGAGGAACCCCGGAGUCUCCUCGGAGGACGCCCGCCGCCCCCCCCCAGCCCUCCAACCCGGCGCUACAGGCCCAGAUCAAACAAGCUGCCAGCACUGCUGCUGCCGCUGCUGGGGCUCCAGGGGCCCCUGGGGUCCACCCUCAGGGGGCCCUUGGCUCUCAUAACAUCCCCUCAGUCAACGAAGGGUGGAGCCAGCUGGCCGCCAUGCACUGCGUGAUGCUGCCGGACCUCCUCGGCCUGGACAAGUACAGACCACCUCUGCUGGAGAUGCUGGCCAGAAGAUGGCAGGACCGAUGUCUGGAGGUCCGGGAAGCGGCGCAGGCUCUCCUCCUGGCCGAGCUGAGGCGGAUCGGACAGUCCGGUCGGAAGGACACCAUCGAUGCCUGGGCUCUGUACCUGCCCCAGUAUGUGGACACGGUCAGCUCCCCUGGAACAGCAACAGAGACCGCGCCUCAAGCCCCGCCCCCUCCGGAGGCUCAACCAGUGGAAACCAAGGCUCCAGAGGAGGAGAUGGACGUGACCGACGAUGACAUCACAGCAGGCUGCCUGUCCAACCUCCCGCCAAACGCCAAGAAGAUCUCCAACUCGUACGAGGAGCGGCGGAAGCAGGCCACCGCCAUCGUCCUGCUGGGCGUCAUCGGAGCCGAGUUCGGCGCCGAGAUCGAACCGCCGAAAGGUUCGGUGCGCGCUCGAGCCGGAGGAGCGGUGCCGGAAGGCUUCGGACCGACGAGCGGCGGCUCGUCCAACUACUCGCUGGCCAGACACACCUGUAAGGCGCUGACCUUCCUGCUGCUGCAGCCCCCCAGCCCCAAACUCCCCGCCCACAGCACCAUCCGCCGCACCGCCAUCGAUCUGAUCGGCCGUGGCUUCACCGUCUGGGAGCCGUACAUGGACGUGUCGGCGGUGCUCAUGGGGCUGCUGGAGCUGUGUGCCGACGCAGAGAAGCAGCUGGCUAACGUCAGCAUGGGUCUGCCCCUCAACCCUCCCGCUGACUCGGCACGCUCCGCCCGCCACGCCCUGUCCCUCAUCGCCACCGCCCGCCCGCCGGCAUUCAUCACCACCAUCGCCCGCGAGGUUCACCGGCACAACGCGGCCCAGGCCAACUCCCAGUCCCAGCAGAACGUCCACACCACCACGCUGGCCCGGGCCAAGGCCGAGAUCCUCCGGGUCAUCGACAUCCUGAUCGAGAAGAUGCCCGGAGACGUGGUGGACCUGCUGGUCGAGGUGAUGGACAUCAUCAUGUACUGCAUCGAAGGCUCUCUGGUGAAGAAGAAAGGACUGCAGGAGUGUUUCCCCGCCAUCUGCAAGUUCUACAUGGUGGGUUACUGCGACCGCAGCCAUCGCAUCGCCAUCGGAGCGCGCCAAGGAUCCGUGGCGCUCUACGACGUUCGCACGGGAAAAUGUCAGAACAUCCACGGCCACAAAGGUCCGAUAACGGCCGUGUCGUUCGCGCCGGACGGCCGCUACCUGGCCACCUACUCCAACGCCGACAGCCACAUCUGCUUCUGGCAGAUGAACACCAGCCUGCUCGGCAGCAUCGGGAUGCUGAACUCAGCGCCUCAGCUUCGCUGCAUCAAGACCUACCAGGUUCCUCCGGUCCAGCCCGCCUCGCCCGGCUCCCAGAACCACCUGAAGCUGGCCCGCCUCAUCUGGACCUCCAACCGCAACGUCAUCCUGAUGGCCCACGACGGCAAGGAGCAUCGCUUCAUGGUGUGAUCGGGCCGGGCCCACAAACCCGGAACCGAGCCACGGUUUGGGACCGGACACGGAUUCUGCUGAUGGUUCUGAUAAAAAAGAAACAAACACGUUUCUGAAUGUAGCUACGGAAGACAAUUAGUGCCAAAAAAGAAUUCAGACUUUUUUCUCAGAGUCAGGAUGUUCAGAUGGUUUCAGGAAGUUUGAGACUGAAGAUUCUGAGAAAACAACAAAAUUCUUUAAUUUUCUCAAAAUUCUGAUUUUUUUCCUCAAAUUCCUCUUUUUUUCCAAAUUUAUUCAAAGUUCUGAAUUUUUGUCCAAGAAUUUAUUCUGAUUCUGUCAAAACAUUUUCAUCUGCGAUAUCAAGAAACUUUACCAAACUUUACAUAUUACUGCUAAGUAAUAAUUAUCGUUAUUAGAAUCUGAGUUUUAAUUAUCGUUAUUACUGCUACAUAUUUUUUUCAGACGCUUGUUUUCAUUUUAGACUGGAGUUAAUUUUAUUAUUACCUCUAUUGAAAGUUUUGCACUUCUACCAAAAGUGAACAUUUCUUGAUAUUAUUGAAAAUUUAAUCUGAGAUUUAAACUCUUUCAAAUUUCAGCUAAUUUUUCUUUUUUAAUUUUCUAUUUAUGCUCAAUCAGGAAUUAUGAGAAAAGUCAGAUUUUUCUUUCCAUUGGCACUAAUCUUCUCCCGUAGGGGAGCAUCCGGAGGUCCAAACCCAAACUCAGGUCCAGGUUUGGUUCCUGUUUUAUCCGCUGCAGUUGAUCAUGUUGAAGGAAUUUCAGUUUCGUUUUUUUAAAUAAUUUCGUCUCAUUUAUUUCUGUUGGUUCGUAUUUAUUUGCUGCUGUUUAUUUAAAGUUUUUCUUUUAGUUUCUGUUCUAAAUCAAAGUUUCUCACCACAAAACCGCCGACAUUCUGGAUCCGUUUCUGUCUCCAUCAUCUUCAUGCUUCGUGUGUGUGUGUGUUUCAGCGUUAAACACACAUUCUCACCUCAGACUGUUCUUCCUAAAGUCACGGUUCCAGUUGAGCCAGAAAGUGAAACAUAAAAUGACUUUUACUCUAAUCUGAGUUGGGUUUAAGUUAAUCUCGUGUUCAUGUCAGAUUCGUAUUUUCCUGGUGAUUAUUGAACAUCUUCCUGCUGAAAUCACUCGGUGUGAGCAGAGCUGCCGUUUCCGUGGCUGCAGUGAACGUCUCGUCCCGUUUGUCGCGCUUCUCGCCGCUACAGUUAAAAAGUUUUUUAUUUAAAACAUAAACUGAGUGAAGGACAGAGAACCGAUGGAAAUCAAAAUGUUUUUUCUCUUUAUUUUAGGUUUUAUUUGUUAAAUUUAUUCAGAUUAAACUUUUUUUACUUUCUGAACCUUUUUUGUGUUUUUCCACGUUAAACUGUCCAGAAAAAACUUUUUCUUUAAAGAAACUUAUUUUCUUUCUCUACUUGAAACACUUUAAGGUCCUGGUUCUCAACCUGUGGUGCACGGCCCACCGGUGGUACGCCUGGUGGUAAAGAUUUGAACUUGAUGACAUAAAAUCCCAGAUCAUAAAUCUAUCUGUUAACAAGACUAGCAUGAAGCAGGUUGUGCAGCGAAAGAGUUGAGUUGAUAGAAUCGAUCUCUUGGCUUUGUGUGCAAGGCGGCCAUGUUGGAUUCUCCAAUUCUGAUUUUUAUAUUUGAAACAAGGAGCAAAUAUUGAUAAUGACACAUUAUUCUUCAAUUAUACAAUAACAAGAGAAAAUAUUUACUUCUGGUUUUUGUUCAGAAACGUUUCAGAACCGCUGCUCUAAUUGUUCACUAGAACUUUUGUUGGUACCAAAAUCUGAGUUCAGAAAAACCAGUAAAUAUUUCAAUCAAUUCAGAUUUUUAGUUUUUCCUUUUUCUUUUUUUUUCCUAGACUCAAGUUUUGAACUUUUAAAAACUGAACGUUUCCUGCUUUCAAAUUUCUCCAAAUUUUUCUUCUUUUUUUUCUCCUAUUAAAAAUCUGUUGAAUUUUUCUGUAAAAAGUGAAACUUUGACCCAAAAUGUUGUGAAAAGUCAAACUUUCCUCCACUGAUUCCAGUAAAUAACUCAAUUCUGUCGUCCAACGGAAAAUCUUUCCGAUUAUUUCAGGUAAAAAUUCACUACAGUUAAACUCGAUGUUUGUUUACAGGAGAAGUUUGAGACGUUUUGUAAAUCAGUUCUGUUACAUGAUUAUCUGGUAAAAACUUGUAUAUUUUGCACAAUUUAAAACAUUUUUUUCCUUCUUUGCUCGUUUUGUUGAUUCUUUGUGUUAAACUUUUUAUUGAAUGUUUUUAUUCGGCUUCCUGCUGUAAAAUGUCGUCCAGCUUUUAGCGCUCAGAGUUUUAUUCAGAGGAAACUAUCUACAUAUAGAUCUAUAUAGAGUUGUAUCUGGAAAGCCGUUUCAGGCGUCACACACCUGUAAGCCGGAGCGGGUCAAAGCUUUUCACAGGUUCUUCUUCUCCUUAAAGAGGAAAAAACGCUGCUUCUGAUCGGAGGGAUUUCUGAGGCGACCUGACAGCUCUGAGAUCUUAAUCUCUCCCUCUCUGCAGCACUCUCUUAGCAGUUCGAGGAAAUAUGUUUGCUGCGCCUCCCGGGGGGAAACGGGUGGGAAAAAUACGGGAGGCAGAGAGUAAGUAAGGAGCGCGGCGGAUCAGAGCAUCCGAGCGGAAAAACCCAGAAGAAAACUACAAACCGCCGAGCAAAACUUCUGCUUUCCUCAGAUCUUAUUUACAGAAAAUGAGCGAUUCUCCCAGCUGUUUACUGUUUACAGUCGGUGUUGGUGUCGUGUGAAGUGAUGCAUGUUUAUGAGCUUCGCUCCACAGCUGCUGAAAUCUGAUCAAUGUGUCGUAUUGAAACCCGACUUGAUGUUUAAUAAAGACGUAGAUGAAAACUACA